AUGCAGUACGGUGCUUUGCGAUGCUGGGAGUGUGGCAGCCAUGUAUGUGCUGCGACAGCAGGAGGUAGUGUGCACUGUGCGACAGCAAGAGGUGGUGGGAGCGUGGCAGCCAUCGUGGUGCGGUGCGGUGAUCAUCAUCAGUCUCCUCCCCUUAUCCCCUCCGCCCAUCACCGCUCACACAACCCUUUCGUAAAGCGAGUUUGUGUGAGUGGCAGCAGAGGCAAGGAGAAGAGGGAGCAUGUAUGGGCUGGGCGGAAGGGCAAGAUGGUGAUCAACUUCCCCUUCCCCACGCCCGCCACCUCCCACUCCCUCGCCUCUGCCUUUUGCUGCCAGCAGCACCUCUCCACCCUCCCCAUCACCCGCCUGCUCACCCUUAACUACCUCAUUGCGGGCAACUUCUUCCCAGUCUUCCUCCUUCCCGCCAGCCUGCCAACCAUCGUGCUAUAG